GCCUGAUGGCGGCAAUAGCAGUAAUCGUUUCGUCAUUUCUGAAAAGUAGUACUAAGUCACGGAAGCAAGUGAAAAGUUCAGUCUUACACGAUUGGCGUCUUGUGACCGGACUUUUUCUUAGAAGGGUGGGGUGGCCCAAAAUAUUUUAAAGGUGGCAACGGUGACAUUUCUUUGCGAUGGUGGUAAAUUGAGAGCCAUUCGAGUGAAGAUUAAGAGUUUACAGAAUCCUACGGAUCCGGAACCUCUCCCUCUCGUCUCCCCAGUGGUUACAUUCUUUGGCCAACUGUAAGGCACUUAAUGUUGCUGUUGCGGUUGUAACUGGUACAUGGCGAUGAGUUUCUACAUCAGUCUCCUGUGAGUUACUUGCUUGUGAGUCGGUUCUGGACCAAUCAGCCUAUUCUUGGCGCCCCGCUAAGAUUAAUUCUGGACGUGCAAAGCUGAGGACUAGUUGCUGAGGCUUUCUAAGAGGAACCUUUUUUAUUCUCAGGGGAAGACGGCAUGGGGGGAGGUCAUUCCAAACCUGAAUGCAACAACAACAAACAAAGCACCAACACAGUAGCCCCAACACCUCCGUUCUCCUUCUGGGAGCGCACCAACAUACAGUAUUUGCUCUUGGCCUUUUUUGCCGGGGUCCUGCUCACGCUGCUGCUGUUGGCCCUUAUCUUCUUCGUCAUAAAGAGCUACAGGAAACGUCACUCUAGUCCCUGCGCCCUGGAUCCUCCCUUCGAUCCUCACUCUGGCCAAGAUCCUCCGGCCAAGCUUUCGUCCCCAGAGGAAGCACUCACCUAUGCUAGCAUGACUUUCCAAAUCACAGAAAAGAAUCAUCACCUGACUGAGAAACAUUCUGCAGGCUUGGAUCCGGUUGUCUACUCUCAGAUCAAAGUGACAAACUCACCCGACCUUUCCAGUGAGGCUUGACGCCAGUCCCUCUUAUCUCAGCUCCGUCUUUAUAUAUCACUUUCCCUUUGGACAAAUUUGGGACCACAGCCUGACCAGACCACAGCUGGAGUUGUUGGGGUGUGAUCUGGCCAUGUUAGCCAGCAUGUUUGAAGACCAAGGGCCCAUCUUUCCCUUGGCCUGAGAAAAGAUUGCUGGCCCGGCCGCUUGAACGGACAGUCUGAUAGCCCUUCAAGGGCUGAGACUGCCUCGCUCGUCCCCUUUCAACGAGUGUGGUAGUACAGAGCUCAGGGCACAAAGAGUGUUCACUCAGGGCCGCUGAUCAGUUUGGGAGAAGUCAACCAACUGGGCAAGUUAGCAAGAAUUACAAAUAAAAGCAAACCCCCUGCAAAGCCGGCCCCUCCUGCAUCAUGCAUUUGUCUGUCCCCGUCACCUCCAAAGACGCAGAGCUCAUGCACAGCCAGAAGCCUAACAGAGGUGACGGGACUCUAGAUCAAGUUCAGGAUUGAUUGGGGCACAGGUCUCAAGCUCUGCACCAACUAGCUGCAUUCUUUUGGGUAAGUGUGAAACUUUUUUUUUUUUAAUUUUUUAAAAUGUUUAUUUUUGAAAGAGAGAGAGACAGAGCGUGAGCAGGGGAGGGGCAGAGAGAGAGGGAGACACAGAAUCCGAAGCAGGUUCCAAGCUCCGAGCUAUUGGCACAGAGCCCCACCUGGGGCUCGAACUCAUGAACCCUGAGAUCAUGACCUCAGCCCAUGUCGGAUGCUUAACGGACUGAGCCGCCCAAGCGCCCCAAGUGUGUUGUUAAACUUUUUAAAGCUUCAGCUGCUUCAUCUUGAAAACAGAAUAAUACUUACCUCUUAGUGUGAGAAUAAGUGAGAUGGCAUCUACUUAGGUACUUCAUACGUUCCAGAGUUUUACAUAAAUACAAGGUCCCUGUUGUGUAAAGUGCUAUUCAAAUCACCUUCUUGCUAUAGCAUAAAAGAUAUGCCAAGCAAUAUUACAUGGAACUAAGGAUUAAAUGUUAACUCCCCUAAAUCCUAAUGGAUAAUCCCAUAUAUAAUCCCAGUAAAAAUACCAAUAAGGUUAUUUUUCACUCAGUGAGGUUCCUGUAUAGAUAAUAAACAAGAAAGUAAAUCCAGGAAAAUCUAUACAAAGAAGCAAAUAAAAGUAAUCUGGGAAGGCUAGUCCUCACAGCUAACUAAAAGUAUUAUUUUAUCAAGCAUGACGGACUAAAACAUGUUCCUGGUUCAUGAAUAAACAAAUGGGAUAGAGUAAAAAGACUAAAAAAAGAUCAAAAUCCAUGAAGAAAUUUAGAGUAUGACGAAGAUAGCGUAUCCAAUCAUUUGGGGGAAAUUGGUUAAUUCAUAAACGGUGUUUAGACAGGUAGGUAGCCAUAUGGAUGAAAGUAAGACCAGAAUCCACACCUCCCUUCUUAAAUCAUAAUAAAUUCAAGAUACAUCAAAAAUUAAACUGUAAAAACAUUAUAAAAGUAUUAGAAGAGGGGCGCCUAAGUGGCUUGGUCAGUUGAGGGUCCGACUCUUGAUUUCAGCUCAGGACAUGAUCUCACGGUUCGUGGGCUUGAGCCCUACAUUGGGCUCCGUGCUAACCGUGUGGAGGCUGCUUGGGAUUCUCUCUCUCCCUCUCUCUGCUCCUCCCUUGCUCGCACACAGGCGCACGCUCUCUCUC